GCCAUUAUCUGCUCAUUGUACUCCUAUAUAUAUACCUUUACAUACUUCAAAUGUGAAGAUCACAAAUCAUUUACUCAUCACAUUCUAUAUGGUAUCACAGCCUUGAUCCAACUCAAUCAUUUUUUUUCGAGCCUUCUUCUCCCAUGGCUUCACCGCCACCUUCUCCCCAUACCGAGACCACCUCCGAUCACAUAUCUACUGAUGUCCACGUUCCCAAUACCUCGGAGCCUCACAAACCUCUCUUAUCUAUCAAUCUUGGGAAUGUUAUCAAACUUGCUCCCACAAAUUACAUCUCUUGGAAACUACAAAUUCAAUCCAUUCUCACCGGCUAUGGACUUGAAGGUUUUCUCGACGGAUCUCAUCCGUGUCCUCCUGCUACUAUCACCUCCAAUGGUGUCAAUACUCCCAACCCGGCUCAUGUAUCCUGGAUCCGCCAAGAUAAACUUCUUUUUGGCGCCCUCAUCGGUACUCUCACAUCUCCUGUUGUUUCUCUCAUCACACGUGCCAACACCACCAAGGAUGCAUGGGAUACUCUUUCUUCCGUAUAUGCUCAACCCUCUCGUGGUCAUAUCAAGCAACUCCGGUCUCAACUCAAAAAGUACACCAAGGGCUCUAAGACCAUUACCGAAUACAUGCACUUUAUUAAAACCGCUGCCGAUGAAUUAGCUCUUCUUGGGAAACCCAUGGAUCAUGAGGAUUUCAUUGAAACCAUUCUUGAUGGUCUUGGUGCAGAUUACAAACCGAUUAUUGAUGCUCUUGAUGGACGUGAGACAUGUAUCACGUUCACUCAACUCCAUGAAAAGCUCAUUAAUCGUGAGCUUAAAUUGCUCCAGGAAUCCGAGUCUUCUUCCACUCCUAUCACUGCCAACCUCGCUAAGGGGCCCUCCUUUUCUGGAUCGCGCGGUCGUGGUGGCCGUCAUGGUUCAUCUUCUGGCCGUGGCUCAUCCUCAGGCCGGAAUCCUUUAUCUGGCAGCUCUCCACGCCCUUACCUUGGCAUCUGCCAGGCCUGCCGUAACCAAGGCCAUACGGCUAGGGCUUGCCCUCUUUUCCGGCUCACCUCGGCUUCAGGACCUUCUUCACAGUCUGCUCCUUGGCCACCUCGGGAUUCUUCCCCAUGGCAGCAAUCUCCUCGGCCUACUUGGCCCACUCCGCAAGCCCAUAUAGCUUCUGGGAAUGGUGUUCUCGGUCCUGCUCCUUCACCUCCGUGGAUCUUUGACAGUGGGGCCACUCAUCAUCUUACGUCAGAUCUUGACAAUUUAUCUCUUCAUGUUCCCUAUUCGGGCACUGAUGAGGUCGUUGUUGGGAAUGGAUCUAAUCACGGGGGCACCCCUCCUACAAGGUCAAGCUAAAGAUGGAUUAUAUGAAUGGCCUUCCACUCCCUCUGUCCAAGCUUAUUCGAGUAUUAAAGUUUCGUCUCACCAAUGGCACUCUCGUCUUGGUCAUCCGUCCCAGUCUGUAUUUCGUCAUUUAUUAUCCAAAUUUCAUUCUCAAAUAAGUCAUGUACCUCCUAUGGAAUUUAAUUGUGAUUCGUGUCAAUGUAAUAAGAGUCAUAAACUCCCAUUUCAUAUGUCUUCUAUUCAAUCUUCC